UACGAAAAUCGACUGACAAAUUGGGGAGCCGUUUAACAUAAAUAUUUAAAUCAACCAUGCAUUCGUUUGGAUAGGGCUGGAUUUUCGGUUAGAUCGGUUAUAACCAAAAACCGAAAUGUCGGUUACCAGUUAACUGUGAUGUCAGUCUCGCCUACCGCCAACCGCCCGACGGAAGCCAUCGGUUAGCCGGCAACCGACCGGUCAGUUACCGGUUAGUUGUUCGGUUAACCGUGGUAACUGACAGGACGGGUAUUCGAAGAAGAAGAAGAUGAAAGCUUUGGCACAGGAGCCGACAGGGUUUGGGGACUUCUCAACCUCAACAAAUGGGGCUAGGGUUACUAGCUUCACGGGUACUCAGACCCCGCGCUAACCCCAGGAAUCUCUUCCUCCUCCGCUCCGUCGUCACCAAGCCCGAACUCCAAUCUCCCGAGGCUGCCGCAUUGGCCGCGCCAGAGCCGACUCCAGAUCUCCCGCCUCGGAACCCGGUGGGCGGGGCCCCGGUUCACUUCCCCAAUCCCGAGGACGCCAUCGAGGUGUUCGUCGAUUGGUAUCCUGUCAAAAUCCCCAAGGGGAUGAUGGUUCUGCAGGCUUGUGAAAUCGUCGGGGUUGAUAUCCCGAGGUUCUGUUACCACAUCCGUAUCUCGAUCGCAGGGAACUGCAGAAUGGUUUUUAAAUCCGUCGGCGGAGGGGAGAUGGUCGAUGUAGGCGGCAGGCGGCAGGGAGACUGGGAGAAUGGGAGAAUGGUCGAUUGAGGGGCUCAAUUAGGGUUUAAGCGGAAGAGGAGGGCGGCGUAGUUUUAGGAUUGAAGGGGGAGGGGGUUAGUUUUACCGGUUAGCCGGUUAACCGGCGGUUACCACCGUCGGUUAGCCGGUUAACCGGUAAAGCUAACCUCGCUACCGAACACCGCCCGAUUUUGUAAUUUUCGGUUAACCGAUAACCGCCGAUUAUCGGUUUAACCGGCCGGUUAACAGGCAACUGAUAACUGAACGUCCAGCCCUACGUUUGGAAGGUUGUCAAAAUUCGCAUGAAUCAAAUAUAUAUGUCAUUUAAAAUUGUGAUAGUAUACCAACAGCCAAAUUAUUAAAAGAGAUUCAGUAAUUGAUAUUAAAUUGUCUCAAGUUAU